AAUCCUGUAACAGAGGGGCGGAUGAUUGUACAUAUCAACGCGUACGUUUUUCUUGAGUUUCAACUAGUCAGCAUGCUAGUUAACUUUAUCAAAAAUAAAUAGAGCAAUAAACGAUGGACCUCCCUCAUCAUGGUUACAGAGCGGCAGCGAAGCCUCGGGCCCGUGCUGCACCAUCCACAGGCGAACCUCUGCUGUUUGAAGACACCAGCGCUGCAGCGCCCCCCAUGGCUCCUCAGGGCUACUACAACGUGGGGUACAACAUGGGCGACGGCGGGGCCGACGAUGGGGGGCCAAAUAACCUGUUUUCCGACCCCAUGGCCAGCGCGGCGGUCAUGUACGGCUCGUCCCUCGCGUCCCAGGGGAAGGACAUAGUCAACAAGGAGAUUAGUCGUUUUAUGUCGGUGAACAAGCUGAAGUAUUUCUUCGCUGUCGACACAAAAUAUGUUAUGAAGAAACUGCUCCUUCUCAUGUUCCCUUACACACAUCAGGACUGGGAGGUGCGUUACCACAGAGACACUCCACUCACACCCCGAUAUGAUGUCAAUGCACCUGACCUCUACAUACCCACAAUGGCUUUCAUCACCUACAUCCUGCUUGCAGGCAUGGCUCUCGGAAUUCAGAAAAGAUUUAGCCCAGAAGUGCUGGGCCUGUGUGCCAGCACAGCUCUUGUGUGGAUGAUCAUUGAGGUUCUGGCUCUGUUGCUGAGCCUCUACCUACUCACCGUCCACUCAGACCUCUCCACAUUUGACCUGCUUGCGUACAGCGGAUACAAAUAUGUGGGGAUGAUCUUCACUGUGCUGUGUGGGCUACUGUUUGGCAGCGAUGGGUACUUUGUGGCUCUGGCCUGGUCCUCCUGUGCCCUAAUGUUCUUCAUGGUCCGCUCUUUACGGAUGAAGAUUCUCUCCUCUCUCUCCUCGGACUCCAUGGUUGCCGGAGCCAGUGCCAAACCCCGCUUCCGGGUUUACAUUACCGUGGCCACAGCUGCCUUCCAGCCAAUCAUAAUCUACUGGCUUACCUCACACCUGGUCAGGUGACCUGGUAGGGGUCUGGGCCUUGGAUUUAUCAACACCUUGGCUGGGAUUCAAUCAGAACCUUAAACACACGUCAGUAACUUCCUACAGACUUGCUAAUAAUUGUGUCUCUGUUCCAUGGCUGAUCGAGGGAGGUGCUUGUGGGCUAAAGUCUUGGCAUGGACAUUGACUGACCUACACACAAACUUUGUGACAUACACAAGCAUUGACAUUGACAAACCGACAGAAGGACUAGCUGACUUAACUUGGGUGUGAUGUUUUCCUUAUGAUGAGCCUAAUACAAAAGCUCAGGACUCCCCAGUGUGGUGCUGAAACUACUUGGAGCUCAUUAAGAUUGAGCAUAAGCAUGUGCAAGCUUACGAAAGUAUUGUAGUUUCCUUUGGCUUUACACCCACAGAUAAUGAUUGCAUUUAUUAAGGUAGUAAUACAUAUUGGAAAGAAUCUGAAUAUUUGUUAAAGUGUAAUUUUUUUAUUGAAGGCAAUAUCAUUGUAGAAUUUUUAGAUGGCUAUGCCUUGCAUUUAUAUUGAUUCAAGACCUUUCAGUGUGUUC